CGAGUCGACACCGUUUCAACGCCACUGGAUAAUGUGUCUCAAAAUGGGUGAGAGUGAGAGUUCGAGCCAGAUGCCCCGGCUCAAUGAGUCAGCCGACUCUGGGAUACUCAACGAGCGAGUUCUCAUCUUGGUUUUUGAGUCUUUGAAAUGGGAUAUCCAUACUCUCUGCAGAACGGCGGCGGUCAACCGCCGGCUCCGCGCCCUGGCUAAACGCCUCCUUUGGCGGGAGCUCUGCUUGUACCGCGCGCCGCGGAUGAUGUCAACUUUGACAGAGGGCUCGCAGAGCAACCGGAUGAUCGGAGGCUGGAACACGCUGGCCAAGCUAUUAUUCUUCUGCGGCGCGACUCGGCAUUUCAGGCUGAGUCAGCCUUCCCCGGGUCAUUUCGUUAAAUCGUCCCGGUUUUCCAAGACUUCGGGUCGGAGCUUCCUGGCGAAGAACUGCAGAGGGGAUGUCCUGUACGUGAGCGACCCGUGCGAGCACCCGACGGGGGACAAGCAAGACGACGUCGGAAUAUACAGAGGGGUGUUUCGGGCAUUUAUGAAGUCGAGGACACGGGACUUUCUGAUAAGGAGACAGGUGGAGUUCGAGGCAGGGGUGAAGUGUCCGUACUGCGGCGCCCGCGUGUGGAGCAUGACGGCGGCGAGGCUGAUUCCCAGGAAGAGCGCGGCUAGGCGGCUGGGGUCCAGCGACGGCGCUCUAGAGUAUUUCGUGUGUUUGAACGGGCACCUGCACGGCACGUGCUGGUUGGUACCACUGUCAUCCGACGAGGACGCAGAAGACGUCGACGACGAGGAUGAUGAUAGUAUUGGUAGCGAUGAGGACGACUACGAUGACGAGGCUGAUGGCGGGUCCGGUAAUCACGAUGAUAUCCAGGUUAGAAACGGAAGGAUAUGUUUUUAGAAUCAGAGAGCUUGUGUAGGAUAGUUUAAUUUGCUGAAAUCAAUGAACUCAUCAAGAUUGUCCAGAUUAACUUAACGGAGCCGUUAAUUGACAGUUCCAAAAUCAUUGAUUAUGGAAGAGAUUGAGGGUGAAAUUAGGAGAAAGUAUUUUUGUUGGGACUUAAUGUAUAAUUAUAAUUGUAUGGGAAUUAAGUGGGCAGUCGAAUGAUUGAUGAGAGAGCCUCUCUGUUUUUCUUGGACAAGAACUACACAAACUUUCUUUCUUUA